AUGAGCGCGGCCUUGUUGAGAACAUGGCUCUUAAAGCCGGAAGUUUCUACUCUAGAUCGCUGUCCUCCUAGUUUUCAAUUGGAUACCCAUCACCUGGAUCAUGGAUCAGUGAAAAUAUCCAAAGGGGUCAAGACUAUCUCUUCAACAAGACUCAAGGUAUUCGCGGAUUUCUGCUGGUCAAUGCUACGAUCUUCGACUCUCCCAUUGGAUACGCUAGCGCUUGGGAUCCUAGAAUACAUCUACCAUUCUCUUGGAGAUUCCCUUUGCUGA